AACGCCAAAACAUCCCAUAGUUUGAAACAAAUGACGCUUAACGUUUGGAUGACGGAAGGUUUCAUCAAAUGACAUUCCCGUUUAUGACAUUAACUGACAUUUGUGACGAAGGGCUUUCCUUCCUUAGUGUCAGCGGCGCUAGCUCAGGCGUAAGCCUGAGGGCAGAGUUUUCCUCGUACCACAAAGCUCGCAACAUAAACAUCGAUAACUAUCGACGUCUCAGGACUCUACGUACGAUCUCUAACAAGCAUAUAUGCAGAAAAAGACAACUAGGACGGCUCAAUCUCCCCUACAGACACUUACUAAAACAUUCUGGCAGCGUUCACCCUAAGAUCGUCAACUGCUUUUUAAAUGGUCAAAGCAAAUGGGCGGGAAAGUGCCGCGCAAUUGGCAGUGCUUGUUAAGACUGCAUAACUGUUGACAUAUUUACAUACAGUAUGUCAAGAAACUGUUUUCACAUUGUGAAAUAUUCAACUUAUUACACAGGUUGUAAACAGUUUCUUGACAUACUGUACGUAGGGCCACGUAACCCUGUCUAGCUCCAAGGGAUCAGAAGGGUCGUGCAACUAAACGUGGAUGUGUGUUGUUUCCCCUGUCAGGCUAACCAGCUUUUCGUGACCCAAAGUUGAACUAAGUCUAAUUGAAUAAUAUAUCCUAGCUUCCGCUCUUGGCGGCCUUCGUAAACAAUCGUGUCGGUCGAUGCCCUUAGACCGUCCACGGAUUCUACGGGAGUCAAGAUCCCGUAGGAACCGAUCGGCAAUUCGAAGGUUUGGAACUAAUUCAGCGGCGGCAUCGGAUUCGCCUCGGGGGAGAUAGUGACUCCCUAGUGUAGUGGACAAAAAAAUGAUGAAAUCUCGCGUUCGCAAAAACAAGAACUCGGCAUGACAGUAGGCGUCAACAAAAACAACCGCGUGGUGCGGGAGACCGGUAUCAAGGAACAGCCCCGGUCGCUAUUCCUGCAUUCCAGAUCCUGGAAUCCACCGUUGCGAUCCUUUUCCCUGGUAAGAGCAGAGAAUCCGAAGGAGAUCUCGGAUGUGGAACUGUCAGACGAGGAGCCGGCGGAGAAGCCACCAGAAGCAAACGAGGUAGUCACCCUUUCAUCCGUGAGCGCAGAGGGGGAGAGAGACGGUCAUCCCGGUGAUGUCGUCAGAGGGGGAAGAGGUCGUACGAGUGGCGAGGGCCAGGAUGGCCAACUGCAGCGUGCGACAAGCGACGCAAGAACGGGCUGGGGAAUGAGAGGCAACAAACCGGAGGUGGAACAGGCGAACGUUGAGCAGACAGGUGCGCACUAUCGAGAUGGGUGGCCGCAGUGGCAGUGGCAGAAGGACGUCGCUGAACGAACAGUGGAGGGAGGUGCCGGAGGAGGAGUGGCCGACCCGAGUGGUCGAGGAGGCCGAGAACCAGAGAGCGUGAGGACGCUGUACCAAGUUGCUAUUCAUCGACGGCCAACGGUACCGCCUCAAGAUGCGGCGGGCGGAGCGCCAAGGGUCCUAAGGGCCGAAUAAAAGUGAAAACUGAA